AUGCCAUCUCCAAAAAAGCGAACCACAGUCACUCCGGCUGCGGUCGCAGCAAAACGACGAAAGGGAGAUGCACAGCCUCCAAGCAAGGGUAAAUUCGAAACACAUUUGGAACAACUCUCACAAAGUUCGGAAGAAGAAGAUCCGGAGUUGCUCUGGCAUAGAAAACCUCUCGAGGAGGGUCUUGGAACUAAGAAAUCUAUAGCAUUUCAGGUGCGAGUUUACUUAAACUCCAUAGAAAUGCACUACUAUAAGCGAACAUUCGUAGUCAGCAUGCUGAACUCCAGUAGACCAUAUUAUAGUCAUAUCCAAGGUUCUGAUCUCUCACCGAAUACCAUCGUAACCCGGGAGACGGUCAACAGGCCCGAUUUCUAUGUAGGUCAUCAAAUCAAAAGCCCAUCUCAGUGUUACGUGCCCGAAUUAACUGCUUUGGCUUACUAG